UAAAACCCAACCCAAAGCCCAAAGUUCCCACUGCUAUCUAUCUAGCGAGUGUAUUUUCUCUAAAAUUCUGUGCAACCGUACCAAUUGAGCUACAAUGGCAGUGCUCAUUACGCUGUCUUUCGCCGGAGCUGGCCCCGACUACCGAUUCGAUGCCCUCAAGAAACUGGGUCGACUUGAACCGAAGCUCUGUCAAAGUUCCACCAAGCCUUUUUCUCAUAAAUGGUUCCACUGCAAGUGUUUUUGGCAAGAACCCAGAAGCAAGAACCUAUCUUUGAAGUCAAGGGAAUUGCGAACAUUGCGUUUGGCUCGUGGGAAAGAAGCUGAAGAUAGUUUCUCUUCGAAUGUAAGUGAAGAUACCGACGAUAUGUUUGACGACUUGUUUGAUAGAUAUGGAAAAGUGGUAUAUCAAAGCAACGAUAGGAUGUCUCCUAGCAUAGAACUUGAUGACGAUGCUGAAAGCUUAUCAUUUGCUGUAGAAGUGGCCAGUGUUGCAAAUGAUGUAAAAGCAGGAGACAUAAAGGUCCUAUUUGUGAAGCCUCUUGUGUAUUGGACUCGGUUUUUUAUUAUUGCCACGGCAUUUUCUCGUCCGCAAAUUGACGCAAUUGGGUCCAGGAUAAGAGAUCUGGCAGAGACAAAGUAUGGAAGAGUUCCAUCUGGGGACUCAAAACCCAACUCAUGGACCCUGUUGGACUUUGGUGAUGUUGUUAUUCAUAUAUUUCUUCCGCCACAGCGAGCUUUCUACAACUUGGAAGAAUUCUAUGCUAAUGCUACGCCCGUUGAAUUGCCUUUUGAAAACCAGCCACCAUUUCGAGGCUGAGAAAGGCCUUUAAUUUGGCCGACAAAUCAAACUGAGUGCUAAUGGGUGCAUUGGAUGGCUAGAGCGGCUCUUUGAACCUCUGCCAGUUUUGGACUCUUGUUCUCCUGUCUCACUUGCAGAGUGACAGAAUGGUACUGAACACUGUUUCUGGGCCAGCCUGAUAUUGCUUUGGAUGCCAUUAUGAGAGGAGCAAUAGGCACGGUGUAAUUGUGCAAGCAUCAAUGCGACUUUACAUUCUAGUUAUGGUUCUAAGGAGUGCUUCUGUUUCCUCAGGGCUUCGAAAAGGCCCGAGGCUUGUAUAUGUAAUUGACCAUGUUAAGAAUCUUCAAACACUGAAAGUCAGUGUCAUUUUACAUAUUUAUUUAUUUACGGUGAUAUA